CCCUCCCCUCUCAGAGGACAGAGAGGUUGUACAGUAUAGAACAUUGCAGAGAGGGAAAAGCAUCUAGUGAUCGGUCUUUGCUCUUUGGAUAUAUUUUGCUAAAAGGAUAGAGGGACUUCUAUAGUGAUUUGGGUCUUUUGAACAGUUGCACAGCAUUCAAGAGAAGAAGAGUUAGAGAACUGAGCAAUGCAUUUUUUGGAAUAUAUUCUGAUCAAUACCUGGUUGCAACUUUACAGUGCUACAGCUGUCUGACUGUAAACAGCCCAUACCUGCCAGCUCCUCUACCUUAAAGAGUUAAGAAGCUUGGAGAAGACCACUUGCUCAUUAGCAUUCCUCAGUAUACAAGAUGAUCACUGGAGAGCUCUCCAACAGCACCCUGCUACAUAGUAAUGGGAGUCAGGUAGUGCCCAGCAUACAGCCCGAAACCUCUGGACCACAUAAUAGGGAGAUGGCUUUCUUCAUAAUCCGGUGUGUGAUUCCUUCCUUAUAUUUGGUCAUCAUUAUGGUAGGACUUCUGGGCAAUAUUACACUGGUGAAGAUUUUCAUUACCAAUAGUGCUAUGAGAAGUGUGCCAAACAUUUUCAUCUCUAGCUUGGCUGCUGGGGACCUGUUGCUGUUGGUGACCUGUGUGCCAGUGGAUGCCUUCAGAUUCUUCUUUGAGGAGUGGAUGCUUGGGGAAGUGUGCUGCAAGCUUAUUCCCUCAAUUCAACUUACCUCAGUGGGAGUAUCAGUGUUCACACUCACGGCUCUCAGUGCAGACAGAUACAAAGCCAUCGUAAAUCCAAUGGACAUUCAAACAUCAAGUGCAGUUCUGUGGACAUGUUUAAAAGCUGCAGCCAUCUGGAUCAUUUCAAUGCUUUUGGCAGUCCCUGAAGCUGUGUUUUCUGAAGUGGCACAUAUCAACGGAUCAGACAAUGUCAGCUUCACAGCUUGUAUCCCAUAUCCACAAAAUGAUGACAUGCAUCCAAAGAUCCAUUCUGUUCUUAUAUUCUUGGUCUACUAUCUUGUUCCACUGACUAUUAUAAGUAUUUACUAUUAUCAUAUUGCUAGGACUUUAAUUAAAAGUGCACACAACAUCCCAGGAGAAUACAGUGAGCAUUCAAAACGUCAGAUGGAGACUCGAAAACGUCUGGCAAAAAUUGUUCUAGUGUUUGUUGGCUGCUUUGCACUCUGCUGGUUUCCAAACCACGUCUUAUAUAUGUACCGGUCUUUUAACUACAAUGAAAUUGAUCCUUCUUUGGGACAUAUGAUUAUAACAUUAGUGGCCCGUGUAUUAAGCUUUUCUAACUCCUGUGUAAAUCCUUUUGCACUCUACCUCCUAAGUGAGAGUUUCAGAAGACAUUUUAACAGCCAACUGUGCUGUCGUAGGAAGAAGCGCCACCAACGGUCUACAAGCUACUUGCUUAAUUCAUCUAAUGUCCAAAUGACUUCAUUGAAGAGCAAUGUUAAGAAUACAGUGACCAGCACCACUCUCUUUAAUGGUCAAAGUCGUCAAGAAGCUUCAUUGUAAUUUUUCCGUACAUAUUUGAAACCUGACUGUAUGUAACAUAAACUUAAUUGUAAGCAGAAUUUGAACUUUGUGAAGACUUAUGGAUUUGUAAAAAUCUAUAGCUGAAACAUUUUAAGCUAUUACAUUAUAUGAUUAUGUUCAAAGUUUAGUUUAGUUCAAUAGCAUUUUUUUUAAACUCAGUUUUACACAAUACACUAGUAAACCUUCCCUCUGUUCGGAUCACUACUAUAUUUAAAAAAAACGUGAAAUGUCAGAAUAAUACUAGAAACAAUUAUUUAUUUCAGCGUUUAUUAUUUCAUUGUACAAAGCAGCAGAU